AUGGAGGCUGCUCAUGGCUCCUUCCGGUCAUUUCCGCAGCGCGUGCAGUGGUUAUUUGCGGGAAUUGGAGCCCUGUUAAUCACGACGCGUGCCUUGAGCUUCGUGCAGCUUCUCGCCAAUGCGUUCAUUCUUCGUGGGGCUGAUCUCCGCAAGUAUGGUGAAAAUGGCACGUGGGCUGUCAUCACCGGUGCGUCAGACGGUCUAGGGAAGUUGUUCGCCUCGGAGCUGGCCGCCAAAAGCUUCAACCUUGUUCUCGUCUCACGCACGCAGUCUAAGCUUGAGGCUGUCGCGCAAGAGCUUCAGGUUAAGCACCCUGAUCUACAGAUUAAAAUCCUUGCUAUGGACUACUCUCAGAACGAUAAUGCCGACUACGACCGGCUGCGCCAGCUGGUUGAUGGGCUCGAGAUUGGCAUUCUAAUCAACAAUGUUGGCCAGAGUCAUAGUUUCGCCGUGCCCUUUAUCCUGACCGAGGAGGCUAUUAUAGAUAACAUUGUCACUGUUAACUGCCUUGGAACGCUCAGGACAACACGUGUCAUCGCUCCGGGCAUGGCACAACGCAAGCGCGGUCUCAUCUUGAAUAUGGGCUCUACAGCCGGUUGGAUGCCUAUGCCCUACCUAGCUACUUACGCUGGAAGCAAGUCGUUUCUACAUCACUGGAGUGCGGCAUUAGCAAGCGAGCUUAAAGAGAGCAACGUUGACGUCUACCUGGUCUUCACCCACUACACUGUCGGCACAAUGAGCAAGAUCUGGAAGCCCAGCACCUUCGCACCAAUGCAGCCAGCAUAUGUACGUGCUGCCCUUGCUAAAGUCGGCCUCGGGGGCACACAAAAUUUAGCUCAUAUGUACGCGCCGUGGUGGUCGCAUGCGCUCAUGCAGUGGUGCGUCGAGCACAUCAUUGGUGAAGGCUCCAAGCUCGGGCUGUGGUACAAUCUCGGGCAGCAAAAGAACAUCCGCAUAAGAGCCCUGCGCAAGUGGGAGCGCGAGGCGGAGAAGGCUGCUGAGUCAAGAAAGGCGGGUUGA